CUUUUCCCGGCAGGCCCUCGCAAUGUCACUGGAUGGACGACCUCCUGCAUUGGCGGCUGCAAUCUCAGUCUGUCGCAUUCGCUCGCACUAUCCAAGACUAGUUCAGCGUAGUUCAAACGCGCCGCCAAAGGUUGGGCUCGGCCAUGCGGGGCUUGACAGGCUCUCGUUUCCGUUGCUCCGGGGAAGGCAGUCGAUGAUCAACUAGCGAACAACCAUCUUGUUAUUUCCCUUCCCCCCUCCUCCCACUACACGGGGACUCCUA